AUGCUUCAGGCUCGAACAUGGUGCGUAAAAGCGCUGAGAAUUCAAUCUCGCCGUCUAAAUACCACCAACGUUACCAACAUAAAAUCCUUAGAAGAUCUAGCAAGACUUGGGUCGCUCGAUAACGUCGAUCCAGAGCUAGUAAGAAGACUCAUAAAUGAAAGAACCAAUCAGCUGAACACGCAGAAUGAGCUGGAUAUGCUGAAGCAGAUACAAGCGGACGAAAAACAGCAGCAGCAGGUAGUACUCAAAAAAUUUGUUCGACCAAUGUGGAUCGUUCUACUGCUGAGCUCAUUCUUCUACCUGGGAGGUCACUAUAUUUGGUGGAAACUUGAGUAUGAUGAACGCGAGAUUGAGCUUCACAAGCAAGUGCAGGCAUUACAACAGGAACUAGAUGAGGCAGUCAAACAGAGGCAAAACCCGGUAGCCGUAGAAGAAUCAUCAUCAUCAUCGUCAGUGUUAUCAGAUAAUAAGUCGCAUAAUGGUAGAAAGUGGUAUUACGGAUGGCUUUGGUAA